GACCCGGAAGCAAACUUGCCGGAAGUUGCCGGUGGCUUUACGACUCAGGAAAAUGUUCAUAUUGCAUAAGUGAUAUUGACGAAAUUUCCAGUAAAAUAUGGCUUCUCUGUUUUCGCACAACGCUUUUCAGCCACAGGUGUUGGCAGCAUUUUCACAGCUUUCGUCAAUAUAUAAUGGAAUCAGAACUUUGUCACAGUCGUCUGCUUCUAGGACAUCCAAAGACAAGAAAUUCAAAGAUCUCCAAAGUGUAGAAAGUCUUGUUAACAGUGAUUUAAGUAAAGAAUUGUCAUUUGAAGAUCUUCCUAAAGAGCUCACAGUAUCCCAACUUCUUGAUACAUUCACACCUAAAAAACAUACAGAAGUUCUUUCAAAAAACAAAGAUGCGGUGUGGAAUGAAUCACAUGUGUCAAAAAAUACUUUCUUUGAAAAUAAAACAGGAUUUCCAUCCAGUCAACUUGGGGAUAAUCUACACCAUGUUACAAUUGGCCAGAUAUUGGAGGACAAAACAGUUCAACAUUUAUUAAAUAAAGGAAUAUUCAACUCAUUAUUUCAGCAACAAAGGGGAUUUAAGACUGUUAGAGCAGGUCACAGAGGUGGAAUGGGUCAGGACCCUAAACAUACAUCAGCAUUAGAUGAUCUUAAAAAAUCUGUUUUUUCAAAGAUAUUUCCCACUAAAGAGUCACAGCAAAAACAGCCAGAGUUACAGAAGUUGGUCAAUGAACAUGAACGCAAUCCUGAAUUUCAAGACAAAUUGAAAGUUGCGUUUGCAGAAGGUUACAGUGCCCGAGAGAAACCAGCAUCAGCGAGUGGUUCUUCGGGUAGUAGAUUUGGCCGAUUUAUUAUGUAUGGCUUCAUUAUAUAUAUAAUAAUGCAGGUGGUAUCUCUGUAUAGAGGAGUGAGUGAUGGAGUACAAAACGGAUUUAAAGGUAUUAUCAACAUAGGGCAACAAUUCCAGAUUAACCCAGAAGAAAUCAUGGUGACUUUUGAUGAUGUAAAAGGAGCUGAUGAAGCUAAGCAAGAGCUAAAAGAUGUUGUUGAAUUUUUACGUGAUCCUGAAAAAUUCACAGUACUUGGUGCUAAAUUACCUAAAGGUGUUUUGUUAGUGGGACCACCUGGUAUAGGUAAAACUUUACUUGCUAGAGCAGUGGCAGGCGAAGCCCAAGUGAAGUUUUUUCGUGCAUCUGGUUCUGAAUUUGAUGAAGUGUUUGUAGGAACAGGUGCCAAACGGGUACGACAACUCUUCAAGGCUGCCAAACUCAGUGCUCCAUGUGUGAUAUUUAUUGAUGAAAUUGAUUCUGUGGGUGCCAAAAGAACAAGUUCUCAAAUUCACCCAUACGCUAACCAGACUAUUAAUCAACUUCUUUCUGAAAUGGAUGGAUUUACCCAGAAUGAAGGUGUAAUUGUUCUUGGAGCCACCAAUAAGAGAGAUAAUUUAGACAAAGCUUUGCUUCGAGCAGGUAGAUUUGAUGUAGAAGUUCGAGUUUUUCCACCAGAUCUCAAGGGAAGAAAAGAUAUUUUAGAACAUUAUAUGAAAAAAGUCAUAGUAGAUAAAACUGUUGAUAUUGAAAUGUUGGCAAAGGGAACUACCGGAUUCACUGGAGCUGAUUUAGAGAAUAUGGUAAAUCAGGCAGCAUUAAAAGCUGCUAUUGAUGGCUCUCCAACUGUUUCAAUGAAUCAUAUGGAAUAUUCUAGAGAUAAAGUUUUAAUGGGACCAGAAAAGAAAACUAAAAUACCUGAUGAAGCAACAAAUUGGUCAACAGCUUAUCAUGAGGCAGGACAUACUUUAGUAGCUUAUUAUACUAAAGAAGCCACACCCUUACACAAAGUAACCAUUAUUCCCCGUGGAAUGGCUUUAGGUUAUACAGCAUUUAUAGAUGAUAAAGAAGUAUAUAAUCGUACUAAAGCUCAAUUAUUAGCACAGAUGGAUGUAGCUAUGGGUGGACGAGUAGCAGAAGAACUUAUUUAUGGUGCAGAUCAGGUUACAACAGGUGCAUCUGGGGAUUUUCAGGGAGCGACAAGGAUAGCUGCUGCCAUGGUAAAACAAUUUGGAAUGUCAGAUAAGGUAGGAACAAGAGUAUUUGAAGAUAAUGGUGGAGAUGGUGGUUUUGCAACAAUUAAAGUAAAUGAAGUUAGUCAAGGUGUGCAAGAUUUAGUUGAUAAUGAAAUAAGACGACUUUUACAGGAAUCGUACGAAAGGGCAACAGCGUUAUUGAAAUCACAUUCUGCUGAACAUAAAGCUUUAGCUAAAGCCUUGAUGACAUAUGAAACAUUAGACAAAGAUGAUAUAAAAGCAGUUGUAGAAGGGAAAAAUUUAAACAAAAAUGCAAAAAUAUCUUGAUAAUAUUCUCUGUUAGACCUAAAACCAAUCUAAAUAGUCAUAAAGAUGAUCAACAGAUGCAAGUCGGGGGUGUUGAAUUUAAGAAAUACAAUCACUUUUGUAUUUCAUCAGAGAUAUUGAACCUGUCAAUUAUGUAUAUCAAAUGAGAACAUUUAUAAAUAGUUGUGGAUUCAGAAUUUUGCUAUUUAUUACUUCAAUAUUUUAACAUAGUGAUUUAGCCUCAAAGAGGAAAAAUAAUAAUACAAAAAGGAUAUAAAAUGACAUGACUUUACCUUUCACUAUACCCCUCACAGUCAUUUGUUUGAAUUAAAUGGUGCAAGAUUAAAUUAGUAACUGGAGUCUGUCUGUACAUAUAGUGUGUUUUUAAAUGUAAACAUUGAUAUUAAUAAGAAAGAAAUUGCUUAAUGUCAAAAUCAGUUCGUGAAUUCUUUUAAAAUCAUUGUAAAAGAACUUUGUGGCAUUAAAUUAACUGCAAUUAUUGGUCCUGGUGGGGGUGGGGGGGUGUGUGUGUGGGGGGGG